AGCCGGGAAGCCAUGCUGCGGGCCCUGGAUGCCGGCCUGGAGCAGUGCCUGGCGCUGCACUCGGCCUACAUCCCUGUGCCACCAUGCCACAGGAAGCUCUCGGGCAAGGCAGGCAUCGAUGAGGUGAUGGCAGCCACGGUGCUCACCAGCCUCUCCACCAGCCCACUGGUCCUUGGUCACCCACCAGCCACCCCUGCCCCAGAGCCAGGUGGUGAGGUCUGGAAGGAGGUGCCUGCCAUGUCCUCCAGCUGCAGCAGCAGCAGCAACACCAGUGGGGACUGGAGCUGGGACCCCCCCAGUGACCGUUCCACGCCCUCCACCCCCUCACCUCCACUCUCCAGCCAUGUGCCCAGCACCUUCCUGCCCACCCUGCUGCCCGAUGAGGAGCCCGACGGCUCCCACUUCGUCUUUGGGGAGCCCAUCCCAAGGAAGAGGAAGAACUCCACCAAGGUGAUGUUCAAGUGCUUGUGGAAGAGCUGCGGCAAAGUCCUCAGCAGCUCCUCAGGGAUGCAGAAGCACAUCCGAACCCUGCACCUUGGCCGCAAAGCCGACCCGGAGCAGAGCGAUGGAGAGGAGGACUUCUACUACACAGAGCUGGACGUGGACGUGGAGUCGCUGACGGAUGGGCUCUCCAGCCUCACCCCGGUCUCGCCCACCUCCUCGGUGCCGCCCACCUUCCCCGGCCCCGAGGCGCCGCCGCCACCGCCCAGCCCCCACCCGGCGCUGCUGUCUCCCUGCAGCCCCGCAGCUCCCCCGGGGCUCUGCCACGUCCACACCGACCACGCGUACCAGGGCUGCCCAACCCCACCACGGCCACCGGUGCCCCCUGCCGCCGCUCUGGCCCCACCGCCACCUAAGCCACCAACCAUUCCCAGGAGGCCGCGGGGGGAGGCCAAGAAGUGCCGCAAGGUGUACGGCAUGGAGAACCGCGAGAUGUGGUGCACGGCCUGCCGCUGGAAGAAGGCCUGCCAGCGCUUCCUCGACUGA